ACAAUACAAAUGUCAUUGGCCAACCGAUCAAACAAAAAAAAAAAAAUUAAACUUACUCUCAACAACAACCAACUAAAAUACUUUGUCACAAGCAAUAAAUGCUCUCUUAAUCUAGAUCCUACCAAAUGUUGAUUCAAUUCUCACCUUAUUAUCAUAUCUAUCUUUUGAAUCAUUAUUAUCUGCUACAAGGUACCCUAAAAUUUUCUCUUUCAAUUACCUUGUUGAAUCCAAUUAAACUUUUGAGAUUCAAGACAAAUAAAUGGAGAAGAAAAUUUCAUUUAAAGAUGAGGCCUUGGUGCAACAUCCAAUUCUUCUCAUGUUAGUUGUUGUAUUAGGUUUUAUUUUGAUGGAUCCUUUUGAGAUAGGUCCUUUAGGUGGCUAUCAAUUCACUCCGGUUAGAAAUGAGAUUGCACCUUAUAAGGAAGUAAUGAAACAUUGGCCCAAAGAUAAUCAAAGUCGAUUGGGACAAUAUGCAAAAUUAGAAUUUGUGAAUCAAGUUUUUGGACCAGAGUCAUUGGAGUUUGAUAAUUUAGGCCGUGGCCCGUACACGGGUUUGGCUGAUGGUAGAAUUGUAAGGUGGAUGGGGGAGAAAUAUGGGUGGGAAACGUUUGCUACAGUGACGCCAACAUGGUCAAUGGAACUAUGUUCGAAAGGAGUUGAUUCAACCACCUCAAAGCAAUGGAAAUAUGAACAUUUAUGUGGUCGUCCAUUAGGCCUAAGAUUUGAUCGAAAAAAUGGAAAUUUGUACAUUGCGGAUGCUUAUUAUGGGCUGCUUGUUGUUGGGCCUCAAGGUGGACUUGCCACUUCACUGGCAACACAUGUAGAUGGCGACCCUAUUCUUUUUGCAAAUGAUCUUGAUAUUCACAAUAAUGGCUCUAUUUUCUUCACCGACACCAGUAGGAGAUACAACAGAGUGCACCACUUUCUAAUAUUACUGGAAGGAGAAGCAACUGGCAGGCUUCUUAGAUAUGAUCCAUCUACCAAUCAGACACAUGUAGUUUUGGAUGGCUUGGCUUUCCCCAAUGGGGUUCAAUUAUCAAAAGAUCAAGCUUUCCUCUUUUUCACUGAAACUACUAACUGCAGAUUGUUGAAGUUGUGGCUCGACGGUGGUUCAAAAACAGGACAAGUAGAAGUGGUAGCAAACUUACCAGGAUUUCCAGACAACGUAAGACUAAAUGAAAAGGGUGAGUUUUGGGUAGCAAUAGAUUGUUGUAGAACAGCACCACAAGAGCUAAUGAUCAAGAAUCCAUGGCUAAGGCGGUUGUAUUUUCGAAUGCCGCUUCCAAUGAAAAUCCUAGCUAGAUUAAUGGGAAUGAAGAUGUACACAGUAAUAUCUUUGUUUGAUGAGGAAGGGAAGAUCAUUGAAGUCUUAGAAGAUAAAGAAGGUGUAGUGAUGCAGCUAGUUAGUGAAGUUAGAGAGGUUAAUGGUAAACUAUGGAUAGGAACUGUGGCCCAUAACCACAUUGCUACUUUGCCUUAUCCUGCCUUACUUUAAGCCCUAAAAUCUUUAUCAGAUUUUGGUCUUUUUUUUAUGUUUCUUUUUCAUGAGCUUUGUUCAUCAUGCUUCUCUUGCAUAAUGUAAGAACUUGCUUUUUCUUUUUUUAGUGAAUAAUUGACACAUAAUUUAGACAUGUA